UUGACAACAGAUUCCAAGGAUUGUGGAAGAAUCGGAAAACUGUUCGAAGACAAUUUCUUGUUCAAGGAAUGUCUAUGGUCUUAUACCAAAGAAGAUGUCAUCCAAAAGAUCACCGCUCUUCCAGCUGGCGUCUCCAUGGAGUUCUCAUUAGAGUCUGCAAAACGGGCAAUCCAUGGGCAAAUCGAGUACAUCGUGUCCAUUGCUGGACCAGGAAUGGACAAGAUUCAGGCUCAAUUCGUUUAUUGCCCCUUCACAAACGAUUUGAAGUCUGGAAAUGUGCCAAAGUUCAAAUUUAAAACUUUAAACAUUUUGGAUCUUUUACUUCCUACUGUACAAAUUCCAAUUGAGAGCAAGAUUGCCUGA